CGCGCGGCGCGGGAGCACGUGGGGGGCGCCGCCGGCCCCGCUCCCGCCGCCGCCAUGGAGGAGCCGCCGCCCGAGCAGCCCCCGCCGCCCCCGGCGGGCGGGGAGGACGCGUCUGCGUCCGGCCCCGAGUGGAACAUCCCGCCCAACGCGCCCGCCUGCAUGGAGCGGCACCUGGAGGGCGCGCAUUACCGCGCAGACGGGGCCCUGCUGCUGGGCGCCUCGGGGCUGAGCGGGCGCUGCUGGGCCGGCUCCCUCUGGGUCUUCGCCGACCCCCGCCGCGCCCCCAGCGAGGGCUUCUGCACCGCCGGCGUCCAGACCGAGGCGGGCGUCGCCGACCUGUGCUGGGUGGCUGACAGGGGCAUCCUGGUGGCCUCCGACUCCGGCGCCGUAGAGCUGUGGGAGCUGGACGAAAACGAAACGCUCAUUGUCAACAAGUUCUGUAAAUACGAGCAUGACGACAUCGUGAUGACGGUGGCCGUCCUGGCCAGCAGCACCCAGGCCGUCAGCGGCGGCAGGGACUUCUGCGUGAAGGUCUGGGACCUCCCACAGCAAACGGUGCUGCACUCCUACAGAGCUCACUCCGGUUCAGUGACAUGUGUGGCUUCCUGUCCUGGUAAGGACACUGUGUUCCUGUCCUGUGCUGAGGACAGCAGAACUUUACUCUGGGACACCAGAUGCCCCAAACCAGCUACUCGAAUUGUUUGCAGUGCCUGUAAUCACCUCCCUACCUCAGUCAUGUGGCAUCCACAGAAAAGUGACAUCUUUGCUUUGGGUGAUGAAAAUGGAACAGUUGCACUAGUAGACACAAAGAAUCCUGAUUCCGCCCUCAGCUCCACUGUGCAUGCCCGAAGUAUCACGGGGUUUGCAUUUUCUACACAUAGUUCACCCUUACUGGCUUCAAUCAGUGAAGACUGUUCAGUAGCUGUUCUUGAUUCAGACCUCUCAGAGCUGUUCAGAAACCGUUCUCAUCGAGACUUUGUAAAAGGCUUAUCGUGGUCUCCUUCAGACAAUGCCUUGCUCACUACAGUUGGAUGGGAUCAUCAGGUUUUGCAUCACACUGUCCCCAUACCAACUGGUGAAGGUUCUGGAGUCAACUGUGUAAAAGAAUAGUUUUCUAAACUCACGGUCCAAAUUCCUUCCUGGCAUUACUUUGAUUCCGCUGAAGUCAAAGGAGUGUGUGAACUGGAGCAGGUAUGGUCUGUUAUCUGCCUUGAAGCUUGUGACUAAGAAGGUUCCUGUAGUAGUUUUAAAUUAGCCAUAAGUUAGUUCAAACCAAGCUUUACCCUCUCCUCAGGAGCUGGCUUCACCUGUGAUAAGACUUCAGUAUUUUACCCAGAAAAAAAUUGACUUCAGGCACAGAGGAGGCUUGGAGAGAUGGGGCAUUAGGUAUAAUUUAAAAAAAAGGACAGACUUGAUUCCUCCCUUGCUUCUCCAAACCAUCCAUGGAAUUAAUUGAAACAUUUUCUGGGGGAGGUUAAAAACAACACCUCUUGUUAGUUGGAUGCAAGAGCCUCACCCUCGAGCAAAGAUCGUUGCUAUGUAAAUCAAUUCUUCCAGCCGAGUGGGAAGACAUGUUAGCAUCUAAAGACUAGAAGGGUUCCACUGUUGUCCUUAAUGCAGCAUGUGGUAUAGAGGGUUGGUCUUCAGUAUCUAUUGGUGUGGAUCCUAUGGUGAGCACUGUUUAUGCACUGGUAUUGGAAUACCAGUUCUUGGUGUGAGGAGUCUUGUAUGUUGUAUGAUAAGGAUCCCAGCUGCACCCCUGUAAUUAAACACCUUCGUGAUGACAUGUGUCAUAGUGAAAUACUGAGACCUGUGAUGCUCAACAUUGGCUUAGCAGCUGAGGCCAGCUCAAAGGGGCUGUUACUGUAGCAUGCUGAAAGCCAAGAGAAGUUAGCAGUUGCUACAAUCACCGUGUUUCAUCUCCUCUGUGCUGAAGACAACUUACUCAAAGACCGGUGAACAAAAGUUUAUGUAAGGGAAAAACUGGACUAAGGACUUCAGUUUUCAUUUGCUUGCUCCUAUAAACAGACUCUGCUUAGUGAUAAAUGAGAUUCCUUACACGCUUGUGAUGAGUGACUUUGUGCCGGCAACUGAGGGGACCAAGCAUUCCCAUAAUCCCCAAAACAGACUCCACAUAAUCCUUAGAAGUGUUUUUUUUGUAGUGUACCACAUACUUCUAAAAUUAAACUGUUUCCCUGGAACAUAUUUAACUGAAGAAAGUCAUUGCUCUGCAUGCAUUGCCGCUGCUCUAGGUAUGGCUUGGUCUGGCCUAAUAUUUCCUAGAUGGAAUAAAGCAGGUCCUGCCUAAUGAAACAAAAAAUACCAUUGAAAUGAAUGCCACUCCUGUUUCUUUAGCACAACAGCAUCACUAAAAUGUAUACCACUUCCACUGGGCUUAUCCCUGCAUAAACAUAGGUUUUAGUUGAUCCAAAUUGUGCAGAGCCUGCAAUUAAUUUUUAGGCAGACUAAGCUUUCCCAGGCUCUGUACUUUUCUCAUACUCUUUUUAAAAGUUUGUUUGCUGUUUUUUUAAUUCCUGUGUGAUACAGGUGUUUACAGAGCAAACUUACCGAUCUAGAGCAGCGUAUGACAAGGAAAAGGUAAAUGAUUAUAAAAACUGACAAGUUUACUCAAGUACCCCUCGAACAACAACAAAAAGUUACCUGUUACAGACCUCUGAUGGUGUUCUGAAAACUGGAACAGGUCUUGUGCUGUUUGUGAAAAAGUUGUCUUGGAAAAGUAGAAGACAGUUUUUAAAUAAAUCAUAGUUUUCAUUUGUAACUGGGUGUAAGUUUCACCAGGCCGCUUCUGUAGUAUUGAAGAGCCAGCUGAGAUAAUUCACACAGUUAAAGUGAAGUUGUGAUUUCAGUCCCUGAAAUUAAAACCGUUUUUAAAUAAA